CGCAGGAGCCGCCGCCAGCGGAGGGCCGGGCGCAGCGGCCUCGGCCGAGGCGGGCGCAGGGGCCGAGCGGACGGGGGGGGCGCGGGCCCCCCGGGCGGCCGCGGGCCACUCCCCCCCGGGCCGGCGCGGCGGGGGAGGCGGAGGAUGGAAACACCCUUCUACGGUGAUGAGGCGCUGAGCGGCCUGGGCGGCGGCAGUGGCAGCGGCGGCAGCGGCGGCAGUUUCGCGUCCCCGGGUCGCCUGUUCCCCGGGGCGCCCCCGACGGCGGCGGCCGGCAGCAUGAUGAAGAAGGACGCGCUGACGCUGAGCCUGAGCGAGCAGGUGGCCGCGGCGCUAAAGCCUGGGGCCGCUCCGCCCCCAGCCCCCCUGCGCACCGACGGCGCCCCAGGCGCUGCGGCCCCCGACAGCCUGCUGGCCUCGCCGGACCUCGGACUGCUCAAGCUCGCGUCCCCGGAGCUCGAGCGCCUCAUCAUCCAGUCCAACGGCCUGGUCACCACCACGCCGACUAGCACGCAGUUCCUCUACCCCAAGGUGGCGGCCAGCGAGGAGCAGGAGUUCGCCGAGGGCUUCGUCAAGGCCCUGGAGGAUCUACACAAGCAGAACCAGCUGGGUGCGGGCGCGGCCACGGCGGCCGCGGCCGCCGGGGGACCUUCGGGCACGGCGGCGGGCGCCGCGCCCCCCGGCGAGCUGGCCCCGGCGGCGGCCACGCCCGAGGCGCCCGUCUACGCGAACUUGAGCAGCUACGCGGGCGGCAGCGGGGCCGCCGGGGGCGCCGCGACGGUCGGCUUCGCCGCCGAGCCGGUGCCCUUCCCGCCGCCGCCGCCGCCCCCGGGCGCACUGGGGCCGCCGCGCCUGGCCGCGCUCAAGGAUGAGCCGCAGACGGUGCCCGACGUGCCGAGCUUCGGCGAGAGCCCGCCGCUGUCGCCCAUCGACAUGGACACGCAGGAGCGCAUCAAGGCGGAGCGCAAGCGGCUGCGCAACCGCAUCGCCGCGUCCAAGUGCCGCAAGCGCAAGCUGGAGCGCAUCUCGCGCCUCGAGGAGAAGGUGAAGACGCUCAAGAGCCAGAACACGGAGCUGGCGUCCACGGCGAGCUUGCUGCGUGAGCAGGUGGCGCAGCUUAAGCAGAAGGUCCUCAGCCACGUCAACAGCGGCUGCCAGCUGCUGCCCCAGCACCAGGUGCCCGCGUACUGAGGCCGCGGCGGGGCGCAUGCGCGGCCCCCCUGCCCCGAAGGCGGGCGCGGGUGGCGGGGGGAGUCGUGGGCGCCCCGGACUCAGGAGAGGGCGCGGCCCCGGGGACUCACCCGCCCCGGGGCACCUGGACUCUGAGAGGGCUCCUUGGACUCGACAAGCUGGACCCCCUGCCUUCGGGGGGCGAGCGCAUGAUUCCCUGCGCGCGCUGCCACCCGCGCGCCCCGGCCGCCCCUUUGUACUAGCUGCCGCCGCGCAGAGGGCUCGGCGGGGCGCAGCCUCUAGCCUGGCGUUUCCUUUUCUUUUCCCUUUCGUUUUUGUUUUUGGAAGAGAGAAGAGCAGAGUGUCCGAUGCAGCCCUAUUUAUGUUUCUACUCGGGAACAAACGUUGGUUGUGUGUGCGCGCGUGUGUUUUCUUGUGUUGGUUUUUUUUUAAGGAAAUAAGAAAAAACCCUCUGCGCCUCCCCCUUCCCUCGCCCUUCGCGCCCCCUCUUCCGUCCCCGACGCCCCAGCCUCCCGCUCUUCUGUUAUGUUUUAUGGGGCUUUGCUACGAUCCACAUUCCUGUUUGUACGCCUCGGUUCGCCCGGUUUUCUGUUUUCAGUAAAGUCUCCUUACGCCA